AGCCGAAAGAGAAAAAAAAAACGACCGAAGACUUCUCUUUUCUGACUAUUUCCACGAUUGAAAAAUUCCUACAAGUAUUUUGCUUAUGGAUGCUUUGGAAAAUCUGGAAGUCGGGUGGGUACAGGGUUUUACCCAGCAAAAUGUGGAAUUUGUGGACACGAAAACUGGCUGCUACGUUUGUGGGAAUUUCCUGGUUUUCUUUGACACGGAGACCAAAAUGAGACGGACGUUUCAGUGCCCCGGCCGUGGCAUAGGGGUCUUCACUGCCUGCGGGUCUUGGAGGACCAUAGCCUUCUCCGAGCACAAGCUGAACCCUUCCAUAUUUGUAUACACCUACCCUGAACUGCUCCUCAAGAGUGAACUUAAGGGUUCAGCCAAGUUGGACUAUACCUCACUCGCUCUAAGUGAUGCAGGCCCUUAUUUGGCCUGCUGCUCUUCCAUUCCUGACCUCACACUCACGCUCUGGAACUGGGAGACCGCGGUGCCACUCUGCAGCAAGACACUGGCAGGAAAGGAGGUCAGGGAUCUGACCUUUAACCCCAUGACCUGGAACCAGAUGUGUGCCACAAGUGCAUCAGCCAUUAGAAUUUGGAGUGUUGAAAAAUGUGAUAAGUUGCACAUAAUGAAAUCAAGUGAGAUUUCCCUCCCAGCUGCUGAUGGUUCUGUGAUCGAAUGCGUAUCCAAUCUUCGGCAUGACACUGGCGGCAAAUUCUCUUACUAUGGUCCCCUAAUGCCCAUUUCCGCCAUCGCUGGGCUUGUAGGAGCCGAAGCAGAAAUGUUUGUGCCUGUUGAACAGGAAAGAACCAAGCUGUGCCCCAGCGCCAUCUGCUGGACAUCCUCAUCAGAAAUAUACGUAGGCUGCAAAAACGGCCACUUACUAAAGGUCCAGCCUGACAAUAAAAGCGUCUCCAUUCUGGUUGAUUCCAAUUGUAAUCCAACAGCGGCUAGCGUGGAUCCCGUACUGCAUGAAGGGAGUCUUUGCAGUCUGGUGUUGCACAGAGAUGGCCUGUUAGCUGCUGGACAAGAUGGCAUUUUACGGUGUUUAGAUAUUAAAGGGACGGAGGUGCGGGUCAAGCAGCAGUGGGAUUUGAAGGAGCCCAUUAGAACAGUUCGCAUCUCCCCAGACUACGACAUCCUCCUUUUAUCUUCUAACAGCGGCAAUGUGUACAGCAGGUCACUACGGACUGACAAGACAGAGAAGGUCCUAGACACUCUCUCUGGGGACUUUGUGGCGGCUGCUGCACUUACCACAGAUAGGAACCUCUGCGUGUCGGUUCGGGAAUCCGGGAUGCUCCAGCUGUGGGCUGUUGAUAGCGUGUCCUGUGUUGGAUGCCUGUCUCUCCACACUGAGGUGACCAGCCUAGCGUGUUGCCCAUGUGCCCAGUAUGCAGCUGUGGGCACCAGGAGUGGCCACGUGCUGUUUGUGGACCUGACUCAGACAAGGAGGCCUCGUGUGGUUCACAGGCACAGGAUCUGUCACUUUGCAGUUGAGCACUUGGUUUUUGACCAAGAAGGAAAUUUCCUGCUCUUAGGAGCCACAGAUUUGCAUGUUUAUGUGCUCGAUGCAAGACCUUCCAGGUGCUUCGAGAUCAUCGGCUACGCAGAGGCGCCUGGAACUGUACUGGGCGUGUCGACCCACAGCCGGCCAGAGGGUGGCAAGGUGCAGGUUCUGCUUCUGUGCUCAGUGGAAGGGGAGGACCCCAAGCAGGGCCGUCGGCUGCUGACUUUCUGCCUGCCUGUGUCUCUGCUACAAGGUGAUGAAGGCUGCAGUGACCUCCAGGGCCGCAUACCAGACAACCUCCUGCAGAAGCAGCAAUUUGAGGCUCCUCUGCCUCUCUGCUCAGUUGUCCUGGCACCCAGCAACAAAGUGUUCAGCUACUGCAACAAGAGCAAAACUCUACAGAGGUUCCAGCUGCCAAAGAGUACCAAGUCUUUAGAUACUACAAAGGUUGUACAGCUAACUCCAGAACAGGAAGUGGAAGGGCACCCUCUUGGCCCUGCCUCUGUCCAACUAUCGCCUCAUAAGCAGUGGCUGGCAUCGGUGGGGAAAGACGGCCAGCUGCGUGUUCGCGAGGCCUCCCGUAUGGACCAGUACCUGAUGAUGCAGUGUCACUCAUGCUGGCUAGGCGGGGCUCGGAACAUGUUCUUCACCCCUGACAGCCUGGCCCUGGUGACUAUUGGCUCUCAGGAUGGUUCCAUGAUCUGUGUGCGGCUCAGUAUCAAAACAGCUAAUGGUGAAUCCAGUGCAGCAGCUCAGUUUGCACAGAGCCUGACCUCCAAGCUCAAACCUCUCCAGACCACGGAAAACCCCAUCCUCAGCCAGUUGCCUGAGUGGGAGCCACAGGCUUGCUUGCCCUGUAGAACAGCACCCCACGACAGAGAGGAGGGAAGUCUAUCAGACCCGGUGGAGACUGAACAGGAAGGGAGAACCACCAGGCCCCCCUCAGACCCCCUGGGAGACCGCACAUGGCUGGAGCAUAAGCAGGAUGAGGUCAUCAGAGAACAGAGGCGACGGUUUUCUGCAGAACACCAGAACUUGAGAAAUAGCAUGAGGGAGAUCUGUGAAAGAGUCCAGGAGAUGAUGAGGGAGAAUGAGAAGCUGCCAGACAUAGAGAAGCUGGAUCCCCUGGAGUUUAACCUGGAUGUUGAAGGGCUGCAGCAAUUACAGGCCGAGGGGGAGGAGGAAGUCACCAAGGUCCAGAAUGAGAUUGAACUGGAAAACCUAACCAACUGCUACCUCCGUGAGGUCCUCAAGCGGGAAUGCUGGGAUUCCAUGAAGGUCAAAGGGCGUGCCAUCAAGGCCUUCCACUCGGACCAUGAGGUGAAAAACUACCCAAUGAAGGAACGCACACAGAAGGAGCUGGAAGAUCUGCGGAGGGUGCAGUGCAUGAGGGCGAUUGAGCAGGCGGAGCAGAAAACCCAACGUGGGAUCCUGGAGAGGAAGAGCAGAGUGCCAGGUGAGGGGGAAGAGGAAGAGGAGCAGGAGGGAGGUGGAGAGGUAGAGAGCUUUGCCCUUGCUGGCAGCCUCAGUGCCCAGUUUGGUGUCUCCAGCCCGUACCUGUACAGCCAGUUUGAACUGCAGACACGGGAGCAGAAGAUCAAUCAGAUAACACUGCUUCAGGAUGUCAUUUACCAGUUAAAGACUGCAUUCAACGCGGAGUUUUCCAGGCUGUAUGAAAAGAAGGAGCAAGAGUUUGGUCGCGUGAUUGAAAAGAACAAGCGGAUAGCAGAGAUCAUGACUGAGCUUGGCCUUCAGGGGGAGCUGUGGGAACCGGUGUUGACAGACAGUGAAAGACCAGAGAGAGCCUUUCAUGUGGAUGACUCAGAGAUUAAAGUAGAGAAGUACAUGAAUCCAGAACAGGGUCAGGAGGCGGAGCAGAAGAAGGAGGAGGAGCAGAGGAAACUGGCUGCCAAGGGUGAGAAUGUGAGAGAGAGAGCUCUCAAAGAUAUGAUGGCUGGGGUCCUCGAACACAGGAAAGAAGACAUAUUAAAAAUGAACGUCUCCCAGCCCGACUUCAUGACUAAGCCAGAGUCAGACUGGACUGAAGAGGAGAAGAAAAUCUUUAAGGGGUUUGACAAAAAAGUCAAGGAACUGAGUGAGGAGCAAGAAAAAUACAGGAAGGCAUUAGAAGUUGAAAUGAAGAAACUACAAGCAUCAAUUAAAGAUGCCGCCCAAGGGUUUGAUGAAGCCUUAAUAAGGAUAUUUGAGAAAAAAGUGAAGUGCGAAAUGGUGAUAUGCCAGGAGGAGCUGAAGAUUGCCAACUUGGUGUAUUCAGUCCUUAUUGAGGAGGAAAUCCUAAACAGAGAACGGCAACUCAACCACCAGCUUAAAAAAGCAAUAACCUUAAAGAAUGAACUGGUGGAGGAUGUGAGAAGAGCCAAGGAGCAAGUCGAUGCUUUCAGGGAGACUUAUGACGAUGCUGUGGCUGAAGACAAAUUACUUGACCGGGGCUUCAAGAAGGAGUUCUUUGAUGUUCCUGGACUCCUGAUUGAUCAGCUGUAUAAGUUAUACAAGAAGAGGCCAAGGGUACAGAGAAUGAGGACGCAGGUAGACACCGCGGGUCCUCUCCGGCAGAGGCCUUGGUCUGGGCGGGCAGCCAGUGAAGGGCUGGUACACUUGUUGAAAGCCAUGGAUGAGCUAGACACUCCGGAGCACAUGCCUGAGGGCUUGGACAGAGUCACAUGGGAACGCUUCUGUCGGUCCCGGAGGACUAAGGUGGAGAGUGAGCAACAGGUAAAACAAAAGGCCCUAACUCUGGCAGAGAUGCAGGCCUUCUUGCAGAGGAGGAUGGAUGAGGAGGAGAUGGCUGGACAGGAGGUUAAAAAAGUCAUGGAUGAUCUGCACAGCCUCAAUGAAGAAAGGAUCAUAUUCCGGUUGAACAUCAUGGUCCAGAUCCUUAUCAAGCAAGGGUUGGUGGAGCUGGAGACAGAGGACUUCAAUACAGACUAUUCUGACUCAGUACUUAUCCAUCGGAACGUUGUGGAGGAUCUCAACGCGACUAUUAAGACUUUGGGAGAGCAGAAAAUUGCCAUCAUGGUGGAGUGCAAGGACUUCCGCAAGGGUAUCAUCCGGCAAGAAUGGGAGCACCGACGGAUGUCCAUGCAGAUUGAGGACCUCCUGAACAAGGCCCGGGAUAUCCAGCAGCUGCAUGUCACUCAGGAACUCCAGGAGUAUCUCAGUGAAACAGAUCAUGAGACCCGGAUCGCAAAACAAAUGUCAACUCUAGAAAAGAACAUCUCACUGCAAAAGGAGAUUCAUGAGAAGGACGUGAAGAAGAUGAAGAUGUUGAUUCAGAAGCUGAACAAACAGGCCGCUCAGAGGGCAGCGAAGAACGCCGCGCUACACCAACAGCUGGAGCUCAUGAACGUGACGGUGGCUGAGAGGAGACAAAUCUGUGAAGCCGCAGCAGUGGAGCAGACUCAAGAGAAUAGCGCUAAGGAGCGCUACCAAGCCAUCCUGGAGAGGACGCGUUUGCGGGAGCUGGCCAAAGCCCAGGCCCAGGAGCUGGACAUCCUGCGAGCCGAGAGGGAGAGACUGAGAAAGAAAAACUUCCCAUCACUGCCACAGUCAGGGCACAAGUGAGAGAAACGUGCCUCAGUGGAAUUAUUACUUUGUACCAACUUUGUUCUAAACUGAUAAUCUUACACAAUCUGUAUUAUACAAGUACACAGAUAUAUGCAAUACUUCUUAGAGAUGCAAUAUAAUCCAUCCAUCCAUCCAUUUUCCAAACCGCUUGGGGUCCCAGAGGUGUGAGGCGACAGUGCUAACCACUGUACCACCAUGCCGCCCCUGCAAUAUAAUCUAUACAAUAAAUAUCAAACUUUUUAUGAAAAUUAA